AGGAGGGAUGCUGCUGGUGUGAGCGGAGCUCCACGGCUGGAAGGAAGAAAAACAAGUUUAAAUCCGGACUGAACUGCAGAGAAAGUGCUGCUGGUGGAUUAUCGGAGUCUGCUGCGGUGAACCGGAUCAGACUGGGACCAUGGUCCAGCACAGGGAGCAUCCCGGAGCGGGAAUCACCAAGGAGUCCCGCGAGGCGACGGACACCGAGGAGGGUGAGCUGCUGGCGGCUUCGGCCUGCAGCGCCGUGCCGCUGAAGCCGGACUGGUGUAAAACCGCCUCGGGUCACAUUAAGCGGCCCAUGAACGCCUUCAUGGUUUGGUCAAAGAUCGAGAGGAGGAAGAUCAUGGAGCAGAGUCCCGACAUGCACAACGCGGAGAUCUCCAAGCGGCUCGGGAAGCGCUGGAAGAUGCUGAAGGACACCGAGAAGAUCCCGUUCAUCCGGGAGGCGGAGCGGCUCCGCCUGCAGCACAUGGCCGACUACCCGGACUACAAGUACCGGCCCAAGAAGAAGCCCAAGACCGAAGGCUGCGCGUUUCCAGCGGGGAAGUCCUCCGCUCAGUCCCCGGAGAAAAGCGGCGGCAGGUCGGCGGUUAAAAACUCCGCGGCUGCUAAGAAGCUGAAGGCCGGGAAGAGCGCGGCUCCAGCCGGCAGGGCGGCCGGCCCCCCGCCGCAGAGCCAGGAGCACCGCUACCGGUACAUGGUGAGCUCCGGGUUCAAGAGCAGCAAGCGGGACUUUACCGACGAUGAAGAGGAGGAGGAGGAGGAGGACUCCGAGGAGGAGGAGGAGGUGGAGGAGGAGGAGGAACCGUCCCGCCUCAGCUUCCAGGUUCAGUCCGAGUCCUCCGGGCGGCUCUUCUACAGCUUCAAGAACAUCACCCGGCAGGGCGGCGCCUCCUACCCGGCCUCCCUCUCACCCGCAUCCUCCUCCCGCUCCGGAUCCACCUCCUCCUGCUGCGGGGAGGACCUGGACGAGCUCCCCGCGGAGGAGAGGGCCGACCUGGCGCUGGGCUCCCUGGGGGACCCCUGGACCUCGUCCUCCGGGAACCUGAGCCUGUCCCUGGUGGACAAAGACCUGGACUGUGAGGGCAGCCUGGGCUCCCACUUCGAGUUCCCGGAUUAUUGCACCCCGGAGCUCAGCGAGAUGAUCGCUGGAGACUGGCUGGAGGCCAACUUCUCAGACCUGGUCUUCACCUACUGACUGACCCGGACCCGGAGGACCCGGACCCACAGGGACCCAAAGAAGGAACCGUUUUCUCCAACAGGGUUUUUAUCCGUUUAAUUUCUGUCUCUCAGGUCCGACCCACAAACCCGGAACCAGCAAGCAGCGUAAAACCAGGACCUGGUCUAGAUACCAGGACCUGGUCCAGACUUUGAUCCCGAACCCA